AUGGGGUGUUGUACACCCCGCGCGGAGGAGGCUUUGACUCUGUGUGUAUGCGUGACUGUCAACUCAAGCACAAGAUAUUCAUCAACCCCGGACUAUUCAGAAUACAUAUUCAUGGUAUCUGCUUUGGUACUUCUAGGCUGUGCUCUAUAUUUGAUGUACAACAUGUCUUGUGCAUGUACUUGA